AUGGCCAGCUACGACCCAGAGCUCGGCGGGGCAGUUGGCGCGACAGGAGGCGUCGGAGCGUUCAUGAGGCGGAGGCUUAGGCGGCCACGUCUCAUCUUCGUCGGCCUGACGAUCUUCGGCCUGCUCUACUACUACUCCGAUUCACUGCGACCAGAACAGCCGCCAGGCAUUGUUGUAUCGCCCGACGACACCGGCGUGGGCUGGGGAGGCAGUGGAAGCAUCGGUGGCGGUGGUGCUGUCGACGACCCCACCAGCCAAGUCCAGGCCCAAGCCGAUAGAGUCGUACACUGGUGUGGAGGCGGAGCUGCCCCAAUGGUCCCAGACCCCGAUAACCUCAUGGAUCCUGCCAGCUUCUUCCCAGAGGUCGGGCCUGACUUCCUCGAGCGACCCGAGGUGAGGGAGUUCCCGAAUGCGGAGCUUCACAAGAUCAUCUCGGUCGCGCCACCGGACAAUGCGAAGCACAGGCAGAUCGAGCUCCUUCCGGGUGCGUACUCGGAGACGUGGAAGGGUCCGGAGGAAUGGAAGCCGACGUACGGCAACGCGAAGCCGAUCCAGUGGGACGGGUUCAAGAAGGGCAACUAUGAGACGGCAACGCAGCGCAAGACACGCGAGGCUCGUCGAAACGCUGUGAAGCGUGGUUUCGUCUAUGCGUGGCAAAAGUACAAGGAUCACGCGUGGGGACACGACGAGGUCAAGCCUGUCACAAAGGACUAUCAUGAUCCGUUCAACGGAUGGGGUGCUUCUAUUGUCGACACGCUCGAUACGCUGCUCGUCAUGGGCCUCAGCGACGAGUACAACCAGUGUCGGUCACAUGUCAACCAGCUCAACUUCCGCUGGGUCAAGGGUGCCGACUGGUCGCAGGGCUACGUUGCGCCGCCCGAUGAGCUCGACGAGAAGGGACAGCCAUGGCAGAUCGCGCGCGAGGCUGCGUCUAUCCCCGUCUUCGAGACGGGCAUUCGAUACCUUGGUGGUCUCCUCGGCGCCUACGACUUGUCGGGUGAUAAGCUCAUGCUUGACCGCGCGGUGGAGAUUGCCGAAGUGCUCUCACGUGCUUUCAACACGAACUCUUGUCUCCCAGCUGGCUCGCGCAUGGACCCCGGAUAUCAGACCGGCGCGCUGAAGUUGCACUCUGUCUCAAUCGCUGAGGUCGGCAGCAUGACUCUCGAGCUCAUGCGCCUCGGCUUCCUGACAAACGACCGGAAGCGGUUCGACCUCGCGCAGCGCUGCACCGAUUACCUCGAGGACAACAUCGCACCGCGGACCAAGUUCCCUCCUCUGAUCCCGAUGUCGUUCGCCGCCGACCCGCUGCCGGACGCGAAGAUUCAGGGGUCAUACUCGUUUGGCGCGAUGGCGGACUCGUUCUACGAGUACCUCAUCAAGACCGUCAAGCUGCUGGGCGAGACGUCAGCGAUUGCCAAGCAGUACGCCCGUCUGUACGCCGACUCGGUUGAUGUCGCCCGCAAGGUUCUCUUCUACGACAUACCGAAUGUCCCUGGCCGCGAUUUGUUCACGAUCGGCAAAUAUGAGUAUGGGUCGCCGAAGGUCGAGACGGAGCAUCUUACAUGCUUCGCUGGCGGCAUGUUGGGCCUCGGAGACAAGCUGCUCGAUCGCCCGCAGGACCGGAUCGAUGGCGAGCGCUUCACAUCGACAUGCUACUGGCUCGCCGCCAGCUCGCCUCUUGGCAUCCAGCCGGAGAACGUGCAGUUCUUCUCUCCCACGGAGAAGGGGCAGUACGUCAACGUCACGGGCGACGGUAAGCCCUACCGUCCGCCUCUCAAGCUUCCGAUCGAGGAGAUGGACGCGACCUAUGUCCACAAGAACUGGCAGGGCCAGUACCUGUGGAACGACGACAAUACGCCUGUCAACCUCACCGACGAAGUUCAGCGAGCGCCCGGUGUCAAAUACCACCGCAAGUGGAAGGGUGUCCCGGUCGGUUCGAAGCGCCGCAACGGGCACUACAUCAACCGACCCGAGACCAUCGAGAGUGUGUUCUACAUGUACCGCCUGACGGGCGACAAGAAGUGGCAAGACAUCGGGUGGGACAUGUUCACGCACUGGAUGACGCACGCGAAGACGCACGCGGGCAUCAGCAGCAUCAGGGACGUGACGAAGGAUGAGUCCGAGAAGAUCCUGGGCAACAACAUGGAGAGCUUUAUUUUCGCGGAGACCUUCAAGUACCACUACCUGCUGCAGAGCGAUCCGGAGCUGCUCAGCCUCGACAACUAUGUCCUGAACACAGAGGCGCACCCCAUGAUCGCGACCGACAAGGAGCCUGGGUUCGAGGGUCUCUGGACUCCGCCGGCGCACGAGGAGGAUCUCGGUGUCCGCGGCGAGGGCACGCAUGUCCAGAAGUACAUGCGCCUCGACAACCUCGACCGAUACAGGCGCCGCAACGCGGCCGUGCUCGAGGCCAAGAAGGCUGCCCAGGCAGAGAAGGAAGGUCGGCCCAAGGGCGCGUAG